GAGGACGAGGAGCAGGAGGAGGUGCAGGUCGUCUGGGCCUUCACCCCCAGGAAGGAGGCCAAGUCCAAGUCCAGACCGGCCGCGCCUCCUCUGGGCCGGGGCGUGUUCUGUCGACACUGAGGACACGGGAUCCAAACCUGACGGGACAACGUCACGUAACACGUCAAACUGAUGAUGUCAUCAUGAUGCGUCACAGUGGUGCAGACCAUGUCAUCGCUCACCUGUUCGUUGAUCACGGUGUCCAGUCUCUUCAGACAUGCCUGGCAGAAGGCGUGGCCACAGUGCAGGCGCCGUGGCAACCGUGUUGCUAGGUCAUAGCUACCAAAACACACAAUGCACACCAGGUCCCGCCUCCUCAGCGACAUCAUCGUCUCCAUGGCGACGGAGGACGGAGGAGGGGGGAGGGGCGUACAGAUGACCAUGCAAUCAUUUGCAGCUCGCCUUUAGUGUGUGUGAGUGUGUGUGUGUGUUUGUUUGUUUGUAUGUGAGAGUGUGUGUGAGCGUGUGAUCCAGGAUGGGGUUUGGUCGAGAUCUGAGGAAUUCCCACGAGGGGUUACUGAAGCUGCAGGACUGGGAGUUAAAGCUGCUGGAGACGGUGAAGCGCUUCAUGACUCUGCGGGUGAAGAGCGAUAAGGAAUACGCCGCUCUGCUGCUCAGCAUGACUCAGCAAACGGAGAAGCAGGAAGCAGCUGACUACGUGAGCACGGUGAGCAAGUCGUGGUCUCAGGUGAUUCGUCAGACAGAGGCGUUAGGGCGAGUGAUGAGGAGUCACGCCGACGACCUGAACUCGGGUCCUCUGCACCGCCUCGCCACGCUGAUCCGAGACAAGCAGCAGGUGAAGAAGAGCUACCAGAGUCUUCAUCAGCAGCUGGAGAGCCACAACCACAAGGUAACCAGGAGCGACCUGGAGAAGUUGAAGGCGACGUAUCGUCAGUUGAGCCGAGACGCGAACAACGCCAAAGAGAAGUACAGAGAGGCUCUGGCUAAAGGCCGAGAGGCGGAGCGUGCCCGAGAGCGAUACGACAAAGUGACGGCGAAGCUCCACAACCUUCACAACCAGUACGUGUUGGCGGUGUGCGGCGCUCGAACGCAGCAGGACGAACACCGACAGCACGCCGCCCCCGCCCUGCUCGACGCCCUCCAGAGGAUGCAGGAGGACAUGACGCUGGCACUUAGGAGUAUUUUGGAGGAGUACUGUGAGAUCAGCAGUCUUCUGACGGACGACAUGGUGAAGGUUCAUCAGCAGCUCUCGGCGGCGGUUCAGCAGAUCGACCCUCUCGCAGAGUACCAACACUUCAUCGACGCCUACAGGUCUCCGGAGACUCUGGAGCCGAGCGUGGAGUUCGACGCGUCCCUGUUGGAGGAGACGGACAACCUGCCGGCCAAUGAGAUCCUCUGGAACACGCUGACGGCCGACAGCCUGCAGGCCAUGUUGUUGUCGGCGACAGAGGAGCUGACCCUGACUCAGCAGAAUCUGAGGACGAAGGAGGCAUUGGCCGAUGACCUCGACGCCAAGAUCCAGACGAGUCAGCAGAGCGGCGAGCGGAGGAGCGACUGCGUCCUGCUACUCAGUCAGAAACUCUCUCUUCUCGAGCUUCGUCAUGCCGUCCAGUCACUGCGUGGAACCGAGGCUCGCCUUGCCUCCCAGAAGGCCCUGCUGGACACCAAGAUGGCUGCCGUCACCACCUCCCCUCCCCCACCGCCGCCUCCCCCCGCACUGCCGUAUGAGGACGAUGCGCGUUCUGUCGGAUCCACCGACAAGACGAAGGAGAAGAGCUCUCGCUUCGACACUCUGCGUCACUCUCUGGCCGGAAUGAUCCGAUCUCCUAAAUCCAUGUUGGGCUCCUCCUCCUCGCAGUUCUUCGAUGUGAUCCCCACGUCGGAGCGCCCCCUGGCUGAGCAGGAGUGGUAUCACGGAGCCAUCCCCCGCACCGAGGCUCAGGAGUUACUACGGCAACAGGGAGACUUCCUGGUGAGGGAGAGUCACGGAAAACCGGGCGAGUACGUCCUGUCGGUGUUCUCUGACGAGCAGAGACGACACUUCAUCAUCCAGUUCGCCGACAGUCAGUACCGUUUUGAAGGGACGGGUUUCACCACCAUCCCUCAGCUCAUCGAACAUCAUUUCUCCACUAAACAAGUGAUCACCAAGAAGUCUGGAGUCGUGCUGCUCAACCCAGUCGUCAAGGAUAAGAAGUGGAUCCUGAACCACGAGGACGUGGCGCUGGGCGACCUGCUGGGAAAGGGCAACUUUGGCGAGGUGUACAAAGGGACGCUGCAACGAGACAAGACGCAGGUCGCUGUUAAAACAUGUAAAGAAGAUUUACCUCCAGAACUGAAGAUACGCUUUCUGUCGGAGGCCAGGAUACUGAAACAGUACGACCACCCGAACAUCGUGAAGCUGAUUGGUGUUUGUACGCAACGACAGCCAAUCUACAUCGUCAUGGAGCUGGUUCCUGGUGGAGACUUCCUGUCCUUUCUGAGGAAGAAGAAAGACGAGUUGAAGACGAAGCAGCUCGUUCGCUUUGCUGUCGACGCUGCCGCUGGCAUGGCGUACCUGGAGAGCAAGAACUGCAUCCACAGGGACCUGGCGGCGAGGAACUGUCUGGUGGGCGAAGGAAGCGUGUUGAAGAUCAGUGACUUCGGGAUGAGUCGUCAGGAGGACGACGGAGUUUAUUCUUCAUCUGGACUCAAACAGAUUCCAAUCAAGUGGACGGCACCUGAGGCGCUCAACUACGGUCGUUACAGCUCGGAGAGUGACGUGUGGAGUUACGGGAUCCUGCUGUGGGAAACCUUCAGUCUGGGGGUGUGUCCUUAUCCCGGCAUGACCAAUCAGCAGGCCCGAGAGCAGGUGGAGAAAGGUUACAGGAUGGCGUGUCCUCAGCGUUGCCUGGAUGACGUGUACCAGGUGAUGCAGCGCUGCUGGCAGUACAACGCCGAGGAGCGACCCAAGUUCUCUGAGCUGCAGCGAGACCUGACGGCCAUCAAGAAAAAGUGAUGACAUCAUCAGAGCCCGUCCUCAGCAGCACCGCGUGGUCACGGUGACGUGUCAGGUGGGCGUGGUCUGCAGCACAACCUCUGUUAGCAUUUAGCAUUAGAUCUCUCUUUGAACUGCGUGGUAAACAGGUUAGCAUGUUGCUAGCGACGUGGUCAGUUGAUGAUAGCAUGAAUGUAGCUAACGUUCUUGCUCUGAUUACACUUGACGUUGUUCCUGAUCAGGUAUCAAUCAUCAAAUAUUGAUUAACACGCUGACGCUAAUGUCCAACCAAUCAAUAAAAACUUUAUUUAAACAUCGGCCAUCGGUGAUCAGUGAGCGUCUGCUAAAAUCAUUCUAUUUUUUAUCAAAUGAAGAACACCAAAAAUAACUUUUUACAACAUAAGCCAAAAAUACAAAGACCCACCAGCUGUUACCAUGGCAACAGAUAAACACUUAACGACCCCGCUGCUGAGGACCAAUCAGCUCUCAGCACUAACAAACUGAUUAUUUUUAUUUAUUGUGGUUUUAUUCAUUUUAUUUUUUAUGUUACUUAUGUUUUAUUAUCUGACAGCUGUCAAUCAUCACACAGACCACGCCCAGCCCACAUUUUGCUUGUGUAAUUCCAGGAAAGUUCCAAUUCCAUCAUGUUGUUUUCAGGUAAAAAAAAAGACUGCUUUUAAAAAUGUUUCUUUCAGUCUCAAUCUCUUCUUCCAAUCAGCACUUCAUCCGUGUAUUUGCUGGUUGUCAUAGUAACUAAAUUAUAUAUAUUGACUACUCGUUAAUGAAUGGAGAGCCCUGAUUGGUCAACAUGGUUUCCUGGAUGGUGAUGGGGCGUGGCCUAAUCCUUAGUGAUGUCAGAGCUACUGACUUACUGUAAAUAAAGUACAGAUGUUUUCUCUUUGUUCAAAUCUUUCGAAACACUAAUCGUCUGUUUGUCUUUUAUAUUUGUUUAAACUCUUUAUGAAAAUAUCUUUGUAGCAUUUAUUACAAAAUAAAACACGUGAACACACA